CCUGUUUUCUGUCUGGUUUGUUUUCAGUGGACUGUGCCCAGUUCACAAAUAACGCUUUAUUUUCAGACGGAGACAAGUGUCUCCUGUUUUUCUCUCUUUAAUGCACGCUUUAAAAAAUCUGUGAUGUCAGACUGUGAUUCUUCCUGCCAUCAUCAGAACAACAGCACGAAUAACCACCUCUGUGAAGGAUGUGAGGGUUCAGAAGAUGGAGGCAGGAGGCUGAAGAGGAGAGAGAAGAACAGAGUUGCAGCCCAGAAGAGCCGGAAGAGGCAAACACAGAGAGCGGACCUUCUGCAUGAGGCCUGUGAGCUUUUGGAGCAGAGGAACAGAAAGCUGAGGAGAGAGGUGGAUUCUCUGUCUGAGGAGCAGCGUCUGCUGACCGAGGCUCUCAGGACCCAUGAGCCCUUCUGUACCGUCAUGCACUGCUCCUUUGCCUCCUCCACCUCGUGCAGCCUGCAGCCUGACGUCAUGGCAGCCCGGUCCGUCUGAAGCGAGCGAUAUCUGUUUCUGAUCAGUGAUCAAAGUAACUUGUUGUCUGAAGCCAUAGCCAUAGUGUAACACACCAGUGAACCACUAGAGGGCGCUGUUCACCACAAUCAGAGACAAAGUGGUGAUUCAACUGGUGUGAGGUGCUGCUGAACUCUGGUGGCAGUCACAGGGAAGAGUGUCAUCUGGUGGUUGCUCAUGUCAUUACUCAUACACGUUUGACUCAACACAAGAGGAUUAGGAGGUUAAAAGAGUCAAACAUUAAGUUCAAACUGUUGAAUGUUAUUCUCCAUCUACUAGUCCUGUUAUUCUAUUAAGUUUUUCUGUGCUGUAGGCUAUGAGUGCAUGACUUUCAUUCUAGUCAAAAAUGUAACAAAGAACCAAAUACAUACAUUAAAAUAAAACCAAAGUCAA